AUUCAGUCCGCCAUUAGCCGUUAUGAUAAUGAAAGGUAACAGUUACGAGGUUCUGCCGAUUCGCAUAUUUUGAAGCUUUGAGGUUACGAGGAUUUUCUUUUGGAGUUUUCCCAAUUCAGAGACGAAUUUUAUGGGAUCACCAUUAAAAAAAUGUCGACGCGAACGAAAAAAAUUCUGGCCUUAGCUGUUCAAAACCAAAGAGAGAAUCAAGAAAACAUUCCAGCUAUAGCAAAUUCAAGCCAUAGGAAUGAAGAUUGUAAUAAAGUUCUGAGCUCCGAAGAUGUAGCGGAAAUGAUCCAGGAGGCAGUAGUCGUUUUUGAAGAUGGCUUUUGCAGCGAAUUAACUCCAGAUAUUUUUAAAACGGGAGAUUCAGCGUCAAAAGAUGAGCAAGAAAACCCAUUGAGUUGUGGAAACAACUUGGUUAAAAAACAGAUUAGAAUAUUAUCCGAUAUUAAUCUCCAAAAAUAUUCCGAUCCAGUAAUAUCGGCCAAAGAGGACAUAAUGCAGAUUGUUGUGGACUGUCAAGAACAAAUCGUAGUGAAGUCGCCUGAUCAAACGUCGCCAACAGAAUCUCAGCAACAAACAGAAUUACCUCCAAAUAUUUUUCAAAUGGAAACUUCGGUGAGAAAGGAAAAACAGGAAGAACUACAGAGUCAUGAAGUAAACUUGACAGAAGAAGAGACAGUAAUGGAAACAGACAUCUCAAGUUCAGAUGAUGAGACUCCCCUGAUAAAACGAAAAAAAGGACAGAAAAAGAGAGAUCUUAACAAAAAACUAAGAAUGAGUGGAGGAAAAUACAUCGAAUUUCGGAAACCAAAAGGUCAAAAAAAUACAUUUCACGACACUCCUCGGAAUGAAAGACGUCUAAAAGAUCGAUGUAAUUGUAAAGAUCCUUCAAAACAGUGCCUGAAAUUUACGGAUGACGAUAGAAACAGAAUUUUUCCGAAAUUCUGGUCCGACAUGUCAUGGGAGCAACGUAAAGUUUUUGUAGCGACCACAGUUCAAGUUUGUCCCCGGAAAAGACCCGAAGCAGAUAAUUCAAGACGAUCAGUGACAUUGAAAUAUCAUUUGAUUUUAAAUGAUGCUCACAUUCCAGUUUGUAAGUUGAUGUAUCUCAACACACUAAACUUAGGAGAGUGGUCUGCAAGAUCUUGGGCUUUAUCAGCAAAUAAUGGGAUGAUAAAAAGUAAUGAAGUCGAUGUUUCUUUGAGGUCGAAACGAAAAGAUAUUUUUAAAGAAGAUAGAGAAUUCCUAGAGGCAUUUCUGGGCAAAUUAAAUAAACUUCCAUCCCAUUAUUGUAGAAAAGACACACAGCAACUGUAUCUGGAGCAAACUUUUCAGUCCUGGAAUGAUCUGUUUAAGGUUUACCAAAAACAGUGCGCAGAUAACAAUCGUAAUGUUCUUUCCUCUAAGCUUCUAAGGCAGAUGGCAAAAAAAAUGAAGAUUGCUAUUUUUUCGCCUCGAAAAGAUCAGUGCGAUGUUUGCUUUAUGUUUAAGAACGGAAAUGUACCUGAAGAAGAUUACCAGAAGCACAUCGAAGCAAAAAAUACAGCUAGAGCUGAGAAAGAAAGAGAUAAAGCAGAUGCUCUAGAGAAAAGAUGUCAUGUUAUUACAAUGAUGUCCAGGCUGUUAAACUGUCACCGCAGAUUCCGGCAAAUUUUAUUGAUAAAACGUAAAAUGGAAGAAAAUGAAGCUCCCCAUUCCUCUCAACCUCAAAAAAAGAAAAUUAAGCGCUAUUGUACGUUCAUUCCAGAAUGGGAAGAUAUGUUCGAACAUAUCAAAAAGGUAGACGCUGAACAUGGGAUGUGCAAACUAUGUAGUGCCCAUUUUACAGUAAAGUUUGAGGGAAAAAGAGCAGUUGAAAAUCAUUGUAAUAGUCAAAAACAUAAGAAUAAUAUUCGUGAUUUAAAAUCAAGAAAAAAUGCUGCUAAACUAGCAAUAAGACAAAAGGCUUUGGAACUGGAAAGUAACAGACAAAAACUGGAAUCGAAGAAGCUUGCUUUUCAAAAAGAAAAGUUCCUCCAAGAGAAAGAAGAAAGAAAAGCCUUAAUGCAAUUUUUCUAUGUUUUUGAAAUGUCCCUUCAUCUUCAUAGUCCCUUCCCUGACCACGUUUUAAGUCGUGCCUAA